CAGAUUGGACAGAUACAUCUCUAAAACUGUAACAAUGAAAGUGAUAUGCGCUGGAAUGUCUAAAAGUGGAACAAAAACAUUACAUGUUGCUCUAGAAGAAUUGGGAUAUUCGGUAUAUGACUUUCCCGAGGUCUUUGACAACUAUGAAAAAGAUUUUUGGAGAUUUACUAGCAAAGGCUGGACUGUUGAAGACUUUCGACAGAGAUUUGAGAAUGUUGAUGCUGUUGUUGACACUCCAAUGUUUUAUUUUUGGGAAGAACUUGCGGAAGCUUUUCCCGAUGCAAAGGUGAUACUUAUGACACGAGACAACGUAGAGGCUUGGUACAAAAGUAGCAGUAAACAGAUGAGAGUUUUGAAUGGAUGGCACAUGUAUUAUUACCCGUUUUUAUCUUCAACUUGGAGAAAAUAUUUUGUAUUUGGAACGAACGCUUGUUUGCUUCCUUUUGGAUAUUGGACAAGUGUGUAUGGUAUUGAAAGUUAUUGGCCAGAAACGGUAGAGAUUAUAUCCAAGCAAACUUACAGGAGGCAUAACGCACACGUUGUUCAUUCAUGCCCAAAAAAUCGACUUCUUGUCUAUAACUGCAAAGAAGGAUGGGAACCAUUAUGCGAGUUCCUAGGUAAACCGGUUCCAUUAACUAGGUUUCCGUGGAUCAACAAGGGCGGAGAAAUUGCUCAUUUGAUGUGGGAAGCGCCAUUUCUAAAGAGAGCAAGAAAAGAAAUGAUUACGAAUUUAAGCAUUUUAUGCGUAACCGGGAUAGUAGGAGCAGCAUUAUGUUUUCAAUUUAAAAUAUUCAAAUAAUGGUAUUUCAUCAUUGUGUUUUAUAAGUUUGUUAAAAUCUUUCCGUAAGUUUUAACUAAAAAAUAGAGUUUAAAUAAUUCACGACAUUGAUUUUUUUUAAAUUCUGGGAAGAAGCCACUGCAUUGUAACAUAGUCUAUUAGGUAAUCAAAGUUAUAUGUCAACAAAAUUUAAUCAAAUUGAACUGAAGUGCUUGGAACUGUUGGCUAUACUUCGCAGAUUGUAUGGAAAAAACGCUGUAAUGUAUGAAGUAUAUUUUAUUCAAAAUACAACAAACUAAUAUAAAAAAAAAGUUUAAUACCUAAAAUAUCCAAG